AUGAUUGACAGCGAAGCAGACAGCAGCCUGAAGCAGCGGCUGCUGAAGGCCCUCAGACUUCCUAAGAGCUUCAGAGAGGCCCUGGGGGCCCCCAGUGGCCCCGCAGACAAGGCAGAAGAGCAGCAGCAGCAGCAGCAGGAGCAGCAGCAGCAGCAGCAGCUGGUGGACGCCUGCGAGGCCUGGGUGCAGCAAUGUGUUGCUCUGUCUUGGGUCACUUGUGCAGCACGGGAGAGGGAGAAGCACCGGCAGGAGAUGCUGCUGCUGCAGCAGCAGAUGCAGCAGCAGCAGGAGCAGCAGCAACUCCUGCUGCAGGACGAAAGGCACCAGCUGCAGCUGCAGCAGCAGCAGCUGCAGCUGCUGCAGCAGCAACUUGAACUCAGGAAGCAAAUCCACAACACCCAACUGCAAGAGAGAGACGCCCUCUGGAGGAAGAGGCUGAAGGAGGCAGUGCAGCAGCAGCAGCAGCAGCAGCAGCGAACACCACCCUCUCCUGCUGCUGCUGCUGAUGCUGUCGGCUCUGCUGCUGAGGAUGCUGCUGAUUCUGCUGCUGCCGGUGCUGUAGAUACAGAUGCUGCUGCUGCUGCUGCUGAAGACGACAAGGGCGAUGCUGCUGCUGCUGCAGCUGUUGCUGCUGAGCCAGUUGUAGAAAAAAGCAGCAACAGCAGCAGCUGCAGCGGCAGCUGCAGCAAAGGUUCGAGCAGCCGGAGGCACCCAACGCCAGGAGGCCCUUUCCACCCCAAGAAGCAGCAGCAGCAGCAGCAGCAACAGCAGCAGCACAGCAGCAGCAGCAGCAGCAGCGCCGAGCGCGUCCGAGCUAGGGCUGCUGCCGUGCUCCACGGUGUCUCCUACAUAAGACUACGAAAAGCAGCAGCACGGCUGCGCCUGCAGCAGCAGCAGCAGCUGCUGCAGCAGCAGCAGGAGAUCGGGCCACAGGAAAACCCUCAGCAGCAGCAGCAGCAGCAGCAGCAGCAGCAGCAGCGGCGGGGCCUGCGGCGGGGCCCUGCGGGCCCCCUCAACAAGCAGCAGCUAAUAGAAGAAAUAAUAAAUUUGUCUUCUGUGUCUCUUUUGUCUCUUUUGGCCAGCAGCAGCAGAGGGGACACUCUGAAGCUGCUGGCAGAGGCAGAGAUUUAG